AAGCGCUGGAGCGGAGAGGAGGAGCCUCGAGCACCGAGCGGGUGGAGUCGCCAGUCGGAGGGCGGUGGAGGCGGAUUUCCUGGGAGGGUCCUCUGGAGCUACCAUGGCGUUUGGGAAGAGUCACCGCGAUCCCUACGGUACCUCCGUGGGUCACCUCGUAGAAAAGGCUACAUUUGCUGGAGUUCAGACUGAAGACUGGGGUCAGUUCAUGCAUAUCUGUGACAUAAUUAACACCACACAGGACGGGCCAAAAGAUGCAGUAAAAGCUUUGAAGAAAAGAAUUUCCAAAAACUACAACCACAAGGAAAUACAACUUACCUUGUCAUUGAUUGACAUGUGCAUGCAGAAUUGUGGUCCCAGUUUCCAAUCUCUGAUUGUGAAGAAGGAGUUCAUUAAAGAUACUCUAGUGAAGCUGCUGAAUCCCAGAUAUACCUUGCCCUUGGACAUUCAGAACAGAAUCUUGAAUUUCAUUAAGACUUGGUCACAGGGCUUCCCAGGAGGUGUGGAUGUGAGUGAAGUGAAAGAAGUGUACCUUGACCUGCUGAAGAAGGGAGUGCAGUUCCCACCAUCGGAUGCAGAGGCUGAGACAAGGCGGGAGGCUGCUCAGCUCUCACCAAAGCAACCAACACCUGUCCCUACAGCACCUGCUCUUUCUUCUAUAAUUGCUCCUAAGAACCCAACUAUUUCAUUAGUCCCAGAACAGAUUGGGAAACUGCAUAGUGAAUUGGAUAUGGUGAAAAUGAACGUGAAAGUGAUGACUGCCAUAUUGAUGGAGAACAUUCCUGGGUCUGAAAACCAUGAAGACAUAGAGCUGCUGCAGAGACUUUACAAGACGGGUCGGGAGAUGCAGGAGAGGAUCAUGGACCUGCUGGUGGUAGUAGAAAAUGAAGACGUAACUGUUGAGCUAAUUCAAGUGAAUGAAGAUCUGAAUAAUGCCAUCCUUGGAUAUGAGAGGUUCACCCGAAACCAACAAAGGCUUUUGGAACAGAAUAGGAACCUGAAGGACACCACCGAUACUUCCAACGAGCCCUCUGCUCCUUCCUGCGAUCUUCUCGACCUUAGUCCCAUUGUGCCAACACCUAUGUCCAAUGGGGAAGCGCUCAACACCAUGAAUGCUCAGCUUUCAGCCUUAAGUGUCAGCUCUCCAGGUCCUGUUGUAACAAAUAGCUUGUAUCCCAGUCUUCAUCCACAGGUGGAUUUGCUAGCAUCGGAAAAUACAGAAUCACCCACCCUGUUUGCCCAAAGGACCAGCCAAAACCUCGCUUCAAGUCACACAUAUGAUAAUUUUCUCGAACAGUCCAGUUCAGUAUUACUACAGCCAGUUAGCCUACAGACUGCCUCAGCAGCUUCAUCGAGCCAGCGGCAGCCAACCUUGCCCAGCAAUCAUCCAGUGAUAACAAACAGUGAUCUCCAGCCACCCAAUUACUACGAGGUAAUGGAGUUUGAUCCCUUAGCUCCUGCUACAGAAGCUGUUUAUGAAGAAAUUGAUGCUUACCACCAGAAAGGAGCUCAAAGUCAUAGUGACUGCUAAGAUGUCUGAUCAGCUCCUUAGCAACACAAAGGGCCAACUCUCUGUAGUCCCUGCUCAACUGAGGCCUAAAGACCUGCUAAUAGGAAAAGAAAGCCACAGUGGACCACUCUUCUGCUGUAAGGAAGCUUCAACAGAAUGAUAACAUUUCCCAGCUAACACUGCUAUUCCUGACAAUGGCUCAGGAUUUCAGGAGAAGCUGGCUAUAACAACUACAACUUCAGAUAAGGAAAACUGCCUGAUACUAGGCCAACUGGCUAAAUUGUAGAUUUGUAUGCUGAGCAGGCGUUCCUACCAGUAGAAAUCAUCACAGACCUAUAAGGGUACUUGAAGAUCAUCCUGCUACAACAUUGUGAAUAGAUGGGGCAGGAAGUGAAGACAGUGAGUGCCUUCAUUUAACUGAAUUUGAAUGUAGAAGUCAGUUUGCACUUGUUUAUAAAUAACACUUUGGUUUAAACUUGAUGACUUGUUUAAUUAAAAUUCAAGUGCCUGAGCAGGCCACUGCAUCAGGUGGCCUUUAUAAUGUUGAACAUUCUUGCCUUUUAUUAUAAAUUACAUUUUGAUUUGAAACAAAAGCUACUGGAAAACACUUAAAAUUAAAUUACUAUUAUUUGUCAGA